UCUAUAAAUUGGAAACAUCCAUCUGAGGUUGACAACUACAGCAAUCUGCUUCAGAAACAGACACCAAGAUAUCUCCAUGGAUUCAAAGAAGUCUAACAAAAUCAGACAAAUUGUUAGGCUUCAACAGAUCCUCAAGAAGUGGAGAAAGCUUGCCAACUCGUCAAAGCCGACCAUGAGCAGCAGCAGCAGCAAGAGCAUCAAGUUUCUGAAGAGAACACUUUCUUUAUCUGAAGAGAAUACUGUCCCAAAAGGCUACCUGGCCGUCUGUGUCGGAGAAGAGCUGAAGAGAUUUGUUAUACCAACCGAGUAUUUGGGUCAUCGUGCUUUUCAUAUUUUACUGCGAGAAGCAGAGGAGGAGUUCGGGUUUCAACAGACUGGUGUUUUGAGGAUUCCUUGUGAAGUUUAUGUGUUUGAAAACAUUUUGAAAAUGGUGGAGGAAAAGAAGGACGUGUUCUUCAUGCAGGAAUGCUGCUCGUCGGAGAACCGGCUCACUCCUUCUGAUCACCGACAGCAGAGCCCAAUGUGCAGAUAGCUUUUGGAUUUUAUUUUAUUCUUUUUGACACCCAUCAUGUCAUUUCUUUAGAUGAGGCCAUGUAUGAGGGUGAGAGUGAGACAGUUAGAGAGGGAUUUGAAUAAAGAUGUAAAACUUUUUGAGAAUUAGUGAAUCAUACCAACAACUUGCAUUUUCUA